UCGGUCAGCGGCGGCGGCGGCGACGGCGGUAGCAGCAGCACCAGCAGCGGGGUCGCGGCGGCGACGGGGCCCCCCCUCCCCCCUUCCGGGGAGCGGCGGAGGGAUGUGGGGCUUUGCAGGAGGAAGGCUUUUCGGCAUCUUUUCGGCCCCUGUGCUGGUGGCGGUGGUUUGCUGCGCUCAAAGUGUGAACGAUCCUGGAAACAUGUCCUUCGUGAAGGAGACAGUGGACAAGCUUUUGAAAGGCUACGACAUUCGCCUAAGACCCGACUUUGGGGGUCCCCCAGUCUGUGUUGGGAUGAACAUUGAUAUCGCGAGUAUCGAUAUGGUAUCCGAAGUCAACAUGGAUUAUACCUUGACCAUGUAUUUUCAACAGUAUUGGAGAGAUAAGAGGCUAGCCUAUGCUGGGAUCCCUCUGAACCUCACACUUGACAAUAGAGUGGCUGAUCAGCUGUGGGUCCCUGACACAUAUUUUCUAAAUGACAAGAAAUCAUUUGUGCAUGGAGUGACAGUGAAAAACCGAAUGAUCCGUCUUCACCCUGAUGGAACUGUAUUAUAUGGACUCAGAAUUACAACAACAGCCGCAUGUAUGAUGGAUUUGAGAAGAUAUCCCCUGGAUGAACAGAACUGCACUCUGGAAAUUGAAAGCUAUGGCUAUACAACAGAUGACAUUGAGUUUUAUUGGAGAGGUGGGGACAAGGCUGUAACAGGUGUGGAAAAAAUUGAACUUCCACAGUUCUCCAUUGUAGAACACAGACUGGUCUCAAAGAAUGUUGUCUUUGCCACUGGUGCCUAUCCACGACUUUCAUUGAGCUUUAGGUUGAAGAGAAAUAUUGGAUACUUCAUUCUUCAGACCUACAUGCCCUCCAUACUAAUUACAAUUUUAUCAUGGGUGUCAUUCUGGAUUAAUUAUGAUGCAUCAGCAGCAAGAGUUGCUCUCGGAAUUACAACUGUACUGACCAUGACAACAAUCAACACUCAUCUUCGAGAGACUUUGCCCAAGAUCCCUUAUGUGAAAGCCAUUGACAUGUACCUGAUGGGAUGUUUUGUUUUUGUCUUCUUGGCCCUCCUUGAAUAUGCCUUUGUUAAUUACAUCUUUUUUGGAAGAGGCCCUCAAAGGCAGAAGAAGCUGGCAGAAAAGUCUGCAAGGGCAAAGAAUGACCGCGCAAAAAGUGAAACCAAUCGGGUGGAUGCUCAUGGAAACAUUCUAUUAACGUCACUUGAAAUUCACAACGAAGUGAAUGAAGUUACAGGUGUUGGAGAUUCCAGGAAUUCAGCAAUAUCCUUUGACAACUCAGGAAUCCAGUACAGGAAACAAAGCAUGCCUCGAGAAGGGCAUGGGCGACAUAUGGGGGACAGAAACAUCCCGCACAAGAAGACCCAUUUACGGAGGAGGUCUUCGCAGCUCAAAAUAAAAAUCCCUGAUUUAACAGAUGUGAAUGCCAUAGACAGAUGGUCAAGAAUCGUGUUUCCAUUUACUUUUUCUCUUUUCAACCUGAUUUACUGGCUGUAUUAUGUUAACUGAAUGACUAUACUUGGUUUUUCACAGACUUCACUUAACACUGAGUGAAAUAUUACUCUGCCUGUCAUUUUUAUACCUAUAUAUAAAUACACACACACAAACAUAUAUAUACAUGUGUAAAUGUAUAUAUAUGUGAACUUUCUCAACAUACAUAUAUAAAUACACAUGUGUAUGAAAUGUAUGUGCAUAUGUUUAUUAUAUACACAAGACUAUGUAACUAUGUGUAUGUAAUACAAAUACACAUACAUGUAUACAUUCAGCAGCUACAGACAAUUUAACACAGAAUGCAUAUCAAAGGAAGUGGGUCCAUUUUUUUUACUGAAAGGGACAGAUAUCAUCUAAAUAUUCACCUUAAGAAUGAGGGAGUGUUACAUAGUAUCACCCCUAAGUAUGUCUUAAGUUAUCAUAAAUUUGACAUUUUCAGUACUGAUUUUCAGAACCUUGAUUCUAAAGCUAAUGUACUCUUCAAAAACCCAUCCAAUGGUACUGCUAGUUUAAAAUGAGUCACUUCUCUUUCAUUUCAUAGGCUUUGUUUUACUGAGCUAAGUUUUCUUUGCUCAUUUGGAUUAUAGGGUUUCUUUUCAUCUUCCAUGCGUGUCAUUUUUUCAGUGAUCAUUGACUUGGAUUAAAUAAUCACAGAAAGAAAGCUGUCCUGUUGUUUAAGAUGCUCAUAUUAACAUGCUCAAACUCUCAUCUUUUGAAAAAUCCAUCCAUGGUGAAAGAAAUCUCAUUUGUAAGUAUUGUAAUACGCACUUUGGGGGUGGUUUUUGUUUUGUUUUUGUUUUUUGUUUUGGUACACUUGGACUGAUUCCAGCUUAGUUGUACUAAGGGGAAAUUUUUUAGCACAUUUUGGUAUCAUUUUAGUUGACAUUUUAAUUACUGAAAAUUUGUUCUGUAUCUCAUCGAUUUUCAAGACUGAUAUUCAACAGAAAGCAUAGAAGUCUCAGGUUAUUUGUUACUCUAACAUGAAACAGUCUAGACUUAUUUUUUUUAAUUUGUGUUCAUAUCAUCCAAAAUUCUUAAAACAUUGUAUGUUACUAUAAAAUAUAUUUGCAUAAUAUGCAUACAUAUGUAUAUUUUAUGAAGACUUUCUUUCUUAUGCUUGCUACUGUGGCAGCAUGCUAUGUCAUAUCUUUUCUUCAUGUGAUGUGACUACUUUUUUAUUAUCUGGAAUUAAGACUUAAGCAACAAAGCUUCUACUGUUAAAACAUAAAAAUCAAAACAUAUAUUCAUGGCCUUUAUUUCCAUGUCCAACAUAUGCCAUAAGGAGCCCAUCAAAACACUCCUGGUACAACUGGGAUGCUGCAAUCAGCAAUCAGUAAACUAACUAAUGCAUGGCAUUUCAUCAUCAAAUACAUGCAGCCAUUUUUUUUUUGGCCAACAUUAUCGACCUGACAAAACAGCACGCUCAUUUUUUAGUUUCUUUCUGAAUCCAUCUCCUCAUCCUAUCGACUUUUUAAAGCUAGUAGAUACAAGUCAAGGUGCACUGAUUUCAUAGAUGCAACCUUAACUUGCUAUUUAGACAACUAGAUCUUUCUAAAGAAAAAAAGAUGAUAUAUUUUUUGUAAACAAUAUUUCUAUCACAGACAUCCAUAAAUGGACAUGACUAUGGUCCUAUAAAUAGGUGUCAAAGUGGAAUUAAGCAUUUGGAGGAAAAAAAAAUGCAAAAUGUGCAGGAAAGAACUGCUAAAUUUCUUUUUGAGAUGAAACCUAUCCAUAUAUUUCCUGGCUGCUGUUGUCUCAAAAUGUUGCAUAUACCCCAGCUGCCUCUGUUCUGUCCAACACACAGAAGCAGUCAGCCAGAUUCUUGUCCAACUUUCUAACCCUGGAUUUCAUUUCAAUAUUGAUAGGACCUAUACCACCUGGGAUAUUACAAGGAUGUAUAAGUUGCCCAGUAUUACUUCUGUGGGAGUUCCCUUCAGUGGUCAUUACAACCUUUGAUUUGAAGGAGUAGAUAACAGCUGCUAGUUUCACUCUGGGAUUAAAUAGAAUACACAAAGUCUAAUGCUGAAAGCAAAUAUUAAUUUUUUUUCUUUACCCUCCUUCUCCUUCAUCCCCAGUUUUCUCCACUCUUCUUCCUUCUCCCUCCCUCAAAACAAAAACAAAACACCAUCAAUCAGAUUUUCUCUUGUUUUAAUUUUUAUGGAGGCUAAACAGGUUUUACAGAUAUGUGCUUAUUAGGGUUUUUCUUUGGCACUCUCAGGAUAACAAUAUGGAUUUAUAAAAUAUGAACAGUAUGGGAAAAUCUUGUGAGUGGCCUUAUCCAUUGAAAACAUUUUAAAGAAAAGAGAUGUUGCUGAAGAUCAUAUCUUUUUCAACACUUCCGCUAUUUUUCUGUGUCCAAUGACUCAAGGCUGGAGCUCCACACAUAUGAGGGACUCGAAAUGCAAAAGGAUGUGAAGAAAGCAGUUCAUUGUGGACAUUUGGAAUCUUUAAAUGCACAAUGUGUACUGUUCAGAACUAUGCCAUUAAUUCUUUGAGGAUGGGAGGAGAAAGAAGAGAGGGUGGGGAGAAGUUAAAAUAGUUGCAUAUGUGAACUUCAAGUUCAUGAACAGCAAUGACAGAGAACCUUCAGACCUCAAAAGAUCUCCUGCAAUCCACUUUACAAGUUUUCCUUGGUAUAAAUUUGCAUGGUAGGUAAUAAUAGCUUUUGAGCUUUUUAUAUGCAUUUGGCAAUGAGAUUGGGAUUCACAACUUUGUAGACAUUGCAACGAAGUAAAUAUAAUGGCUAUACUACAUAUUGUAUUUGUAACUAUAUAUAUAUACAUGCAUACAUGCAUACAUACAUAUAUUCGAUAAAACCUUUUUCAGAUCCAUGGGCAUGUGUUUGCUUUACCCAUUUCUGGGGCAAACAAUGUUUUUUUCUGACAAAAAGAAUUGUAGAGUCUGCCUAAACUUGUUUUCUAAAGCAGCAGAAAAAUUUGGGAAUGAGCAUUUUUUUUUUUUUAACCAUCAUGACCCAGACUAAUUGAAUUUGUUUCCCAACUCUUUUCUUUAGGUCUCUAGACCAAUAUGGCCUCUCAUGAACCCACAGCAGCUGUUCUAGUCAUUGAAGAAGCUGUAUAGAUGAGGCUAAAAGCUAGAACUCUAGAGUUAAAAUUUGAUUGAUUUUAAAGCCUCAUCAAGGGUUGUAAAGAAAAGGUUGGUGAAGGGACUUGUAUAAUUACUUUUCUGAGAAUUUGCAAGGAAUUUUUUUAAAAACCUCAGAUUUCUAAGUAGGCUAAUAUCUUUACAAAAAUGUUCACAAGUCCUCAAAAUAUACAAUAGAGUUCUUGUGAAGUAUGUUAUUACCCAGACUCACCUAUUCUUGAGUCAAUUCAUAGUCAUCCAAUUGUACUACAUUACUUCAGUGAGUUUGGGUAUUCCAUUUGAUGGUGCAGAUCAUAACUCACCUAUGACUUCUUAGCCUAUGUGAUUCUCACCCAUAUCAUUCCAUAAAUCCUCCAUCUAUGAUCCACAGCAUGGUUAGCCGCUUAAGUGGGUGUUGCUCUUGUUGCCCCUAACCAGCAUCUUAAUGGGGUUUCACUGACUGGACCAUAAGUCACUUAUGUAAAUCUCAUCACUAAAAUCCCAGAGUCUAAUGUGAAGUUAGGAAAUCCCAAAUAAUGUUAAGAGGAAGUCCUGAAGUUUCAGUCAGUUGUGUUAGAAAAACCACAACUAAAUGCCCUUUACUUUUAGGCCUCUGCCUUAUCCCUGUGCUGGGUCAUCUCUAUGUAGCGACUCUCACGAGACCCUACUUUGUCAAACUUUGCUUAUAAAUGUUUUCAACUAAACACUGCAAAGGUAACGCCAGACUGGCUGGAUACCUUUUAUAGGAAUGAGCGUGCUGCAGGUCUGGGUGCACUAUUUUGGGUGCCAAUAUUCCUAUUUGCUUUCUCUGGGCAAUCUGGCCUUGUAACAAUGUUUUAAGCUGAGCAAGUGCCCAACUUUGAAUACAAACUAUGCCAUAAAUAUUAUUUGAAUCUGGUACCUGAUUUAUAACACUGACCUUUUAAUGAAAGCAAAUUGGGCCAUAAAUUCAGUUAUCUUAUUAUCCCUUUUGAAAUUCACUCGUUAUUUCAUCAGACUGGAAAGUAAUAUCUUUCAAAGUGAUUCCUUACUCCCACUCCUAUCCCCAGGACACUAGGAUGCCCACCAGAUAAUUACCUCUUCUACCGCACUUCAAAGGCAACAUGAUGUCCUUAAAAAAUCAUAUUAACUUGCCUGGACAAGUGGUUUAUUCUCAGAGACUAGUUUGCAUAUCAUGCCUCACCCAGGACUAGCCCCAUAAGUGUGCUCUCAUUUUCAUUUCAUAUUUCAUUUCUACAAGUCUAUGAGGGCAUCCAAGGCAACUACAGGACUAUCCUGAGUUACAGCCUGAAGAGUCUGAAGUAGAAAUAGAUAAGUGUGUUGUGAUAGCUAACUCCUAUGUUAAUGACAUCCCAUUGUAAAGAUAAAUUAAAGCCCAGUUUUGCUUAAGCACAUUUAUGUAUAUAUUCUUUUGUAUUAUUUGACAUGAAAAAAAAAAACAGCAAAACUGAGUGAUAGACAAAACAUGAGCAAUGUUGAUGAAUGAAUACUAAUUUAUUAAAAAAAAAAAAAAGGACUAAA